UUCAUAUUAGAUUUCCUAUUGUUUUGUCUCUGUUAGGUUGGAUAGAAAGAACGUGUUUUAAGAAAGUGAAGUUUUUGUAGAAGGAAUUUGGUUUUGGAUUUGAUGUUUUCUGAGAUGGAACUGUUUGAUUUCUGAUUUGAACGAACUGUUUGAUAUGGAAACUUUGAUAUGUGUGAAUUGCUCAUUUUCUCUUUAGUUUUGUCGCAAUUAAUUGUGAGUCGCACCUGGCAAUUCACUGCAGCUUCAUUGUAAUGCUAGUAACUUUUCCAGAUUUUUCCAAGCGAAAAAAAACAAAACAAAACAAACAAACAAACAUUUUCAGAUUUUUACCCUGAAUUUUAUCGCUAUCCGUGAUAAGACACUGGGAAGGAAGAAGAUAUUUCCUUUAAUAUGAAAAUAUGGUGGAGAAAAAAUAUUUGCUAAGCCUAGUCGAUUAUGGGCACCUGUAAAAGAAAACAAAGUUCUGAGCCUUUUUUUGUUAAGUAUUAUUUCUGAAUUGCACACUGAAUUAAGUUGAAUAUUCUAGUUUUGCUCCUUAAUUUCCAGUAAUUCUAUUACGGAUGCUUAAAUAUGGUUUGAUUAAAUAGGGUUGCUUAAAUAUACUUCAGUCCUUAUGUAUUAUUCUAUCUCGGAUUUAAAAUCUCUGAGAUGCAGGGCAUUCCUGUGUAACCAGGAACAUCUUCUGCAUGGACUCUACUAUCUUAAAUAGUUAUUUUAUCUGUUGCUGUGAUUAUGUGUAUUUGGUAAUGGGCUUCUAUCAGUUUAUUUUAGUUUCUAAAAGUAAUAUUCAUCAGGAUAUACCUCUUCAUGCUGAGCAUCUUCCUCAAUUGGUGAUAAAAGUCUCUCUCACUUAAUUAAGACCCGUUCCCAGUCAUUUUCAGUUUUAAGUGAUAGAUGAUCAUGCUUUGUUAACCACAUUUAAUUGAAAAAACCAUAUAUGUGUUUAUUUGUAUGCACGUAAUUUAUGUUGUCAAAAGAAGUCUCAUGUUUGUUGUUGUUUUGACCUGCAAGAAUGAAGAUGGCUGGGUUCUAUUUAUUUUGACAAAAGUUUAUUGAAUUGUAAUGGCAAAAUUCUUUGAUUAAAAGGAGUAGCUAGGCACAAUGGGAACUAUUUACUUGGAAACUUGGGUUUUCGGUUUUCUGAUAAAUAGAAAAUUCCAUAUAUUUGCUGGAAAAUCUGUACACAAUAUUGUUUCUCUUAGUUCACAUUUUCAUGAUGGUCAUUUAAAAAUUUUGGCUAAUGGUCUUUUUGGAUUUUCUUUACUUUGCUGAUAUUGUGGCAAUAUGUUGGAAAAAAUAACACUAUUAGUGGAGGAAGAGAUUCUUUUCUUGAAAUAUAUAUUUUUUUAGUGGAGUAUGAAUGGAUGCUGUGUGUAGGCCCAUUCAGGAAUAUAUAGUGAGCAAGAUGUUGGAAAUUUGACAAGCUUUGGACAUUCAAGGGUACUCUCAGACCAUGCUAGUCUAUUUGUAAAGGGAUUGGCUCAAAAAGGCUCUCCCCCAUGGCGAGAUGAUGACAAAGAUGGGCAUUACAUGUUUGAGCUUGGAGAGAAUUUAACACCCCGCUGUAAUUUCACUUUGUCACUGUUAAAGACAUCUUUGGGUUCUCAGCAUUUCUGUUAUGCAUGUUACUGAUUCUCCAUGUUUGACUUUUACUAUCAAGUACUUCUUUAUUCAAAAUGCACUGAAAAUUUUGAAUGUUUGUUUGUUUUUUAUGCCACUCAAUGUUUAUCUGCAAAGUAUUCCGGUUUUUAAAUUAAUUGUGUUUUACACUGAGGUGAUUACCAUUUAACAAAUGGAGUUUCUGUUUCUUUCUAGUGAAAAAUAUCAUUUUAGCAACGUAUAUCAAAAGCAGUGGAACUUCCCAGAAUCUUGAUGUGAAGCAUGGAAAAUCUUCUGUGCUUGGGCAUUAAGAUCAACUUCAGUGCUGUUGGUUUUAUUUCUGUUUACAAUAGGCGAUGCCAACCAAGUGCAAAGCUCCUUUUAUAAAACAGAAUAAUUCCUUCAAUUUCUUUUCAUUUAUUUAAUUUAUUUUUCUUUUUUUAUGUGUUUUUGAAUUUGUUUAGUUCAAAUGAGUACAACAAACUUAAUAUGUUUACUGUAAAUUGUUUUAUCAAUUUGGCCUAACUAUCUCAUUACUUCAUUACCUUAUUCUCUUUGGUUCUAUACUUGCAGACAAGAUCCUCAGAAAAAUUGGUGAAGGUACGUUUGGUCAGGUUCUGGAGUGCUGGGAUAGGGAAGCUAAGGAGAUGGUUGCAAUAAAAGUCAUUAGAAGCAUUAAGAAGUAUCGUGAAGCAGCGAAGGUAGAAGUAGAUGUGCUUCAGUUGCUUGGGAGACAUGAUAGAAUUGGCAGCCGUUAUGCAUGAUAUGCGCCUCAUCCACACAGACUUGAAACCCGAGAACAUACUUUUUGUUUCACCAGACUAUGUGAAAGUUCCUGACUACAAGGUUGGAUCCUGGUCACUGAAAGAUGGAUAUUAUCUUAAGAGAUUGCCAAAGUCCAGUGCUAUUAAGGUUAUCGAUUUUGGUAGCACAGCAUAUGAGCGUCAAGAUCAUAACUAUAUCAUUUCUACUAGGCAUUAUCGUGCACCUGAGGUUAUUCUUGGUCUUGGAUGGAGCUAUCCCUCUGAUAUAUGGAGUGUUGGUUGUAUAUUGGUGGAAUUAUGCUCAGGAGAAGCUUUGUUCCAGACACACGAGAACUUGGAGCACCUGGCCAUGAUGGAGAGGGUUUUGGGUCCAAUACCUCAGCACAUGUUGAAAAGCGUAGACCGACAUGCUGAGAAGUAUGUCAGAAGAGGCAAGUUGGAAUGGCCAGAGGGUGCGACCUCCAGGGAGAGCAUCAAAGCCGUUUUGAAGCUACCCCGUCUUCAGAAUCUAAUAAUGCAUCAUGUGGAUCAUUCUGCUGGAGAUCUCAUAGACCUCUUGCAAGGUCUCCUCAGGUUUGACCCUUCCAUCCGAAUGACAGCUUAUGAAGCCCUGAGACACCCUUUCUUUACCGGAGAGUAUCAGAGGAGGUAUUAAGAAGAGUACAUGGAGAUGCUUUAUUGAUACUGGUGACCCCUGCUCUUGAGAUGGAUGUUGCCUGUUAGGUGGGGAUGAUUUGGUUUGGCCUAGGGGAAUAUUUUGGAAAAGGCUGGCCUGGUGUUUGUGUAAAGAGAAGCAAUCUUCUCGAUCGUUCAAGCACUGUGACCUAGAAUUGCCCGUUUUCAGCAUGUGAAAUUCUGGGUUCAAAUGUCUUUGUUGUGUUACCCAACCUUGAGAGGGAGUUUACCAAUUACCAGAGUUUAUAAUGUAAUUUGUUUUACUUACCUCGUGGAAUGAACGGAAGGAAGGCUUUGCCUACCGUGGCACACCUAUUGUUCUA